AUGCAGCUCACCACGAUCCUCACCACCGCCCUCCUCUCCUCCGUCUCCCUUGCCGGCACCUUCAAAACCCUCUCCAAGAGCAAGCCCAACCCAGCCCUGACCUGGCACGUCGCCAACUUCAACACUCACUGCACCGCCGGUGACUGCACCUACAACUUCCACAUUGCCGGCCAGGGCACCCAAAACACCCCCGGCUUUAACACCACCUGCACCGGCACCACGGGCAAGAAGGAGUACCAGCCCUGCGGCGACGAGCAGAUCUCGGCCAUUGUCGACCCUGCCAAGUCGUCGCAGUGGGACGUCGAGGUCCAACAUACUUGGAUCAAGGGCGAGGCCCAGUUCUGGGCUGUUGGCAGUGCUAAUGCCACUGCUCCGUCGAAGAGGUUUAACAUUACUGUUGAUGAGCAGUAUGGUGUUGCCUAA